GACACCGACAAGUUCGUGCACUAUUUCAUCAAAAUGUGCGAAGUCUUGAAGAUGAACAACAUUAAGCCCGUGAUCGUGUUCGACGGGGCCCGACUUCCCGCGAAGGCGAAGGAGGAGAGCGACAGGACGGAGAGGCGGGAGAAGGCCCGCGCGGAGGCCCUGGAGCUCUUCAGGCGGAAGCAGCAAGGCCCCGCGCCGGAGGCGCCUGCUUACGAUCAGGCCCAGCAGGACGUCGGAGGGGUCGGGGGUUGCCAGAAGUUCAAGCAGUGGAUGGUGUGCUGGGACGUCGAGAAGACGGGGAGCUGUCCGCGGGUGGCCCAGGGCCAGAAGUGCAAGUGGUGCGAGGGGGCGCCCGACGACGGCUGGGUGCCCAAGGGCAAGGGCAAGGACAAGGGCGGCAAGUCCAAGGGCAUGGUCAUGAUGCCGCCUUUCAUGAAGGGCGGCUUUGGCGGCUGGGGCGGCGGCAAAGGCUUCGGCGGCGGCUGGGGCGGCGGCAAAGGCGGCGGCAAGGGCUGGGGAGCCGGCGGCGGUGGGUUCAAAGUGAGAGACGAGAACGCGCCGUCCACAGUUUGGCUUGGCAAUCUCCCAGAGGGCAUUUCGCAAGAAGAGGUCAAGACGAAUUUCGAGGCAGCGGGAACCGUCAAGAAGAUUCAGCUUAUCAAGCAGGGCAAGGAGGGGUUCGCAUGGUUCUCGACUCCCGAAGAAGCGCAGACCGCCAUCGCCAUGUUCAACGGCGCCCAGAUCAACGGCCAGGCUAUUGUCGUUGACCCGUGGACAAGGAAGGUAAACUAUCACAUCACGGGGAGCCGGUGGAUGGCCCGCGCCGCCGUGCGCGCCGCCGCUGCGUCGCUGCGGCGCGGGGCGGCCCCGCGGAGCAGAAGGCUGGGCGCGGCGGGCGCGCUGGCGGCGAUGGCGGUCGAAGGGGCGCUGCCCGACUCCGGCAAGGUGGUGGGGACGCACUCGGGAGGCUUCCAGGCGGACGAGGCCCUCGGCUGCUGGCUGCUCCACCAGGUGCCAGAGUACGCCGGGGCAAAGAUAGUGCGCUCCAGACAUCCGGCGGAGCUGGACAAGUGCGACAUUGUGAUCGACGUCGGUGGGGUCUACGCCCUGGACAAGCUACGAUUCGACCACCAUCAGCGGGGCUUCUUCGAGACUGUGGACGGCGAGGUAGGCAAGGCCACCGCGCCCGAGAGCGCCACUGGCAGGUUCAAGACGAAGCUCUCCGCUUCGGGCCUCAUCUACAAGCACUACGGCCGCAGCAUCAUCGCCCGGUUGGCUGGCUUGGACGAGGCUGACACCGAGGCGGUGUGGACCGAGGUAUACGUGCAGCUGAUGGAGGGUAUCGACGCCAUCGACAACGGCAUCGAGGUGGCGGACGGACCUUUGCGGUAUAAGGAGGGAACCUGCCUGUCAAGCCGCGUGGCAAGGCUGAACCCGCGCUGGAAUGAAGAGCACGACCACGACGUCCAGUGCCAGCGCUUCAUGCAGGCCUACACGCUCUGCGGCGAGCAGUUCCUCGAGGUGCUCGACGACGUCGUGCGCGGCUGGCUGCCCGCACGCAGCAAGGUCCUCCACGCCAUCAAUCACAUGGCGGAGGCGCACAGCUCGGGCGAGGUGAUCCGGCUGGAGUCCGGGGGCCUGCCGUGGCGCGACCACAUCUACGCCCUGGAGCGCGAUGCCGGGAUGCCGGGCGCCGUCAAGUUCGUGGGGGCUGUCGGAUUUGUGGACUCGAGCGGGAUGCACCGCAUACAGGCCGUCACGAAGGAGGGUACCCUCUUCACGAACAGAGUGUCGCUGCCGGAGCCCUGGAGGGGGCUGCGCGACGCCGAGCUCGUGGCGGCCUCGGGCAUCGCUGGCUGCAGGCUAAGGCCAAGGCCAAGAGCAAGGACAAGUGCUUGCCCCUCAAGGGCGGCUUCAAGGAGUGCCGAGGUUUGUGCACGCCACCGGCUUCAUCGGCGGGGCCGAUACCUUCGAGGCUGUCCAGGAGAUGGCCACCAAGGCGCUCGCCGAGCAUCGGCGGUCGUUCGAGCCCCCUGGGCGGUGAGGCGCGCUUCUGCAUGGAGCAGGCUGAUCAUGUGA